UCUGAAGAAACAGGAGUUGAGGGUGCCCCUUUAAACCACAGGACUGCAAUUGAUCUCUGCAUGUUUUCUGGUUUUCCUCCCUUUGAAAGGAGAGUGAGAGCCAAAAUCACUGGCUGUGCCGUGGAGCUGCCACAUCUCAGCACUGAAAAGGUACAGUGCAAGUGAAUUUAAACAGUUUUUGGCUUUCUAUUCCAUAUUGCCAUGAGCUUUGAGAAUGAUGAACCAAGUACAUGCUUUAUUUAGGGGCUAAGUGAGACACUGAUUCCUCCAAUCUGACAGUGUUUCAGCCUCCGGAGGGAGAAGGCAGCAAAACAGAAGCAGCAGAAGCAACAGCAGUAGCAGCAGCAGCAGCAGCAGCCCGCGCUGAGUCCAGGGGAGACUUGAUCUCCUGUUCAUCCUAGAACACUACGCUUGGCUUGUGCGCUGUCCAGGGUCCUGAAACAUGAACCAAACAGCCAGCGUGUCCCAUCACAUCAAGUGUCAGCCUUCAAAAACAAUCAAGGAACUGGGAAGUAACAGCCCUCCACAGAGAAACUGGAAGGGAAUUGCUAUUGCCCUGCUGGUGAUUUUAGUUGUAUGCUCACUCAUCACUAUGUCAGUCAUCCUCUUAACCCCAGAUGAACUCACAAAUUCAUCAGAAACCAGAUUGUCUUUAGAAGAUCUCUUCAGGAAAGAGUUUGUGCUUCAUGAUCCAGAAGCCCGAUGGAUCAACGAUACAGAUGUGGUGUAUAAAAGCGAGAAUGGACAUGUCGUUAAACUGAAUAUAGAAACAAAUGCCACCACAUUAUUAUUGGAAAACACAACUUUUGUAACCUUCAAAGCAUCAAGACAUUCAGUUUCACCGGAUUUAAAAUAUGUCCUUCUGGCAUAUGAUGUGAAACAGAUUUUUCAUUAUUCGUAUACUGCUUCGUAUGUGAUUUACAAUAUACAUACUAGGGAAGUUUGGGAGUUAAAUCCUCCAGAAGUAGAGGACUCUGUCUUGCAGUAUGCAGCCUGGGGUGUCCAAGGGCAGCAGCUGAUUUAUAUUUUUGAAAAUAAUAUCUACUAUCAACCUGAUAUCAAGAGCAGUUCAUUACGACUGACAUCUUCUGGAAAAGAAGGAAUAAUUUUUAAUGGGAUUGCUGACUGGUUAUAUGAAGAGGAAAUUCUGCACUCUCACAUCGCCCACUGGUGGUCGCCCGAUGGAGAAAGGCUUGCCUUCCUGAUGCUUAAUAACUCAAUGGUGCCAACCAUGGUCAUCCCUCGGUUUACUGGAGCGCUGUAUCCCAAAGGAAAGCAGUAUCCUUAUCCUAAGGCAGGUCAAGUGAACCCAACAAUAAAAUUGUAUGUUGUAAACCUGUAUGGACCAACUCAUACUUUGGAACUUAUGCCACCUGACAGCUUUAAAUCAAGAGAAUACUACAUCACUAUGGUUAAAUGGGUAAGCAACACGAAGACGGUGGUGAGGUGGUUGAACCGACCUCAGAACAUCUCCAUUCUCACAGUCUGUGAGACCACUACUGGAGCUUGCAGUAGAAAAUAUGAAAUGACAUCUGAUACGUGGCUCUCUAAACAGAACGAGGAGCCUGUGUUUUCUAGAGAUGGCAACAAAUUCUUCAUGACAGUUCCUGUUAAGCAAGGGGGCCGUGGAGAAUUUCACCACAUAGCUAUGUUCCUCAUCCAGAGUAAAAGUGAGCAAAUUACCGUGCGGCAUCUGACAUCAGGAAACUGGGAAGUGAUAAAGAUCUUGGCAUACGAUGAAACUACUCAGAAAAUUUACUUUCUAAGCACCGAGUCUUCGCCCAGAGGAAGGCAGCUGUACAGUGCUUCUACUGAAGGAUUAUUGAAUCGCCAGUGCAUUUCAUGUAAUUUUAUGAAAGAACAAUGUACAUAUUUUGAUGCCAGUUUUAGUCCCAUGAAUCAACAUUUCUUAUUAAUCUGUGAAGGUCCCAGAGUCCCUGUGGUCAGCCUACACAGCACAGACAACCCAACCAAAUAUUUUAUAUUGGAAAGCAAUUCUAUGCUGAAGGAAGCAAUCUUGAAAAAGAAGCUAGCCAAGUCAGAAAUCAAAACCCUUCAUAUUGACGACUAUGAACUUCCUUUACAGUUGUCCUUUCCCAAAGAUUUUAUGGACCGAAACCAGUAUGCUCUUCUGUUAAUAAUGGAUGAAGAACCAGGAGGCCAGUUAGUUAAUGAUAAAUUCCAUAUUGACUGGGAUUCCGUACUUGUCGACACAGAUAAUGUCAUUGUAGCAAGAUUUGAUGGCAGAGGAAGUGGAUUCCAGGGUCUGAAAAUUUUGCAGGAGAUUCAUCGAAAGUUAGGUUCAGUAGAAGUAAAGGACCAAAUAGCAGCUGUGAAGUUUUUACUAAAACAGCCAUACAUUGACUCCAAAAGAUUAAGCAUUUUUGGAAAGGGGUAUGGUGGCUAUAUUGCAUCAAUGAUCUUAAAGUCUGAUGAAAAGCUUUUUAAAUGUGGAUCAGUGGUUGCACCUAUCACAGACUUGAAGUUAUACGCCUCAGCUUUCUCUGAAAGAUACCUCGGCAUGCCGUCUAGGGAGGAAAACACUUACCAGGCAGCCAGUGUGCUACAUAAUAUUCAUGGCUUAAAAGAAGAAAAUAUAUUAAUAAUUCAUGGAACUGCUGACACGAAAGUUCAUUUCCAGCAUUCAGCAGAAUUAAUCAAGCACCUAAUAAAAGCUGGAGUGAAUUAUACUAUGCAGGUCUACCCAGAUGAAGGUCAUAAUGUCUCUGAGAAGAGCAAGUAUCAUCUUUACAGCACAAUCCUUAGAUUCUUCAGUGAUUGUUUAAAGGAAGAAAUAUACGUCUUACCACAGGAACCCGAGGAAGAUGAAUAAUGAACCCUAUUUAUACAGAACAGAUGGAAAUAUUGAGGCUGAAUGGAACCUACCCAAGAGACUGUAAUAUUGUAGAUGCUCCAGAAUUUCAAAGGCAGCUUAUGGAGAUGACAUUGGAACAGCACACUCAGAGAGACACCGAACUGGCAUUUGAUGACACAAGUCCAAGGCUACUGUGUUGCCAAGGGUGCAGAACCUGUUUCUUUGUAUAAGGAAGGUUAUAGGAUUGGUUUCCUGGGAGAAAUUAGUUUUGCAUUAAAGUAGUAGUGCAUGUUUUCUUCUGUUCUCUCCCUGUUUGUUAUGUAACUAGUUGCUCUCAUUUUAGUUUCACUGGUCACCACCCCCUUUGCAUAUAAUGCACAACUGAUCAUCCGUCCCACAGUCCCUGAUCUUUUAUGGCUGAACUGCAAUCUAACACUUUACUGUACCUUUACAAUAAGUGCAAUUCUUUCAUUGUCUAUUAUUAUGCUUAAGAAAAUAUUCAGUUAAUAAAAAGCAGAGUAUUUUAUGUAACUUCUGUUUUUAAAAAGGCAUUAUUAAGUGGGUCAAAGGACAUAUAGAAAUAUGGAUUUCAGCACCUUCCAAAGUUCAGCCAGUUAUCAGUAGAUACAAUAUCUUUAAAUGAACACACGAGUGUAUGUCUCACUAUAUAUAUACACACAAACACACGUGUGCAUCUACAGUCAAUGAAACUAUCUUUACAUGUUAUUCAUGCUACAAAGGGUAAACUUUUGAUGAAUUAGAAGAGAUGCUCUUUUCCAGACUAUAAUGGAUGCUUUGUUUAAUGAGCCAAAUAUGAUGAAACAUUUUUUCCAAUUUGAAUUCUAGCUAUUGCUUUCCUAUAAAUGUUUGGGUUGUGUUUGGUAUUGUUUUUAGUGGUUAAUAGUUUUCUAGUUGCAAUUUACUUUUUUGAAUAUGAUACCUUGUCACAUGUAAAUUAGAUACUUAAAUAUUAAAUUAUAGUUUCUGAUAAAGAAAUUUUGUUAACAACGCAAUGCCACUGAGUGCUAUUUUGCUCUUUUGGUGGAGAAGGCUUUUUUAAAAACACUUGGUCCUUUUACUUCUAUCUCUUAGGACAGAAUCAAUUCACGUUUUCAUUGUAAAAGCUAAGAGCUGGAUUAUUCCAUUUGCCACUUUCUACUUAGUAUUCCAUGCCUGCCCAAUGCAUCUGUUACUGUUUAAUUUAAAUCCUUCUGGUAAGAAUUAGAAAUGAAACAUUUUUUACUCAUUGGCCAAAAAGUUCACAAACAGCAGUGUUUGCUAUUUAAUUUGAAUUGAAGGCACAAAAUGCAUCAAUCCCUAUGCUGUGCUGACUGGCAGUAAGUAAGUAAGAGACUGAGAGGACAAAAUAGAUGUGGCCAUGUGAAGUUAGCGUCAGUCACGAGAAUAGUGACAUUGCUGACGAAAGGCAAAGAGGAGCUUCUCACUUUGAGGAAUGUUCCAGAAGAUAUUUAAAAGUCUGUGUGUAGGCAGUAUACUUACUGUGCUUUCAUGGCUUUAAAGAAGUCCAUAGGACAAACUGGAUUACCAUAGCAUCAGGAUAAAGGGAGGAAAUUUACAGAUAUCAAGGAAUCGCCAGUCACUCUUCUGUUUUGUUGAAGGAUCAGCCCAGAAUUGUGGGUAUUUGGAAACUUGUGAAUUAUUGAUUGUGAUCCCAGUUUUCUUCUGGAUACUUUGGGAUUGUGUCUUCAUUGCUUCAUUGGAUUCAAAUUUAAAUGAGAAAGGUUUUCUCUUCUGAAGGACCCAUCUGAGGUCUUUUUCAAGACUAGUAAACACAUUUUUUAACAAAAUAAGUUGUAACUUUAAAAGGAAAGUUUUGCCUAUUUUAUUAAGAUGGAAAUUUUCUUUUUAGGCUGAUUUGAAGUCCAACUGAAGCUUUUUAAUCAAUAUUUUGAAUUUGAACCACUAGAGUUUUUUAUGAUGCAAAUGAUUAUGUUGUCUGAAAGAUGUGGUUUUAUUGAAUGUCUAUUUGAGUAACAUUUAAAAAGUAUUUACCUUUUACUGU